AUGCCCUCUUCCAAGACGGGUCUACGCGGUGUAGAGGAGAGACCCUCCUCUUCCGAGACGGGUCUACGCGGUGUAGAGGAGAGACCCUCCUCUUCCGAGACGGGUCUACGCGGUGUAGAGGAGAGACCCUCCUCUUCCGAGACGGGUCUACGCGGUGUAGAGGAGAGACCCUCCUCUUCCGAGACGGGUCUACGCGGUGUAGAGGAGAGACCCUCCUCUUCCGAGACGGGUCUACGCGGUGUAGAGGAGAGACCCUCCUCUUCCGAGACGGGUCUACGCGGUGUAGAGGAGAGACCCUCCUCUUCCGAGACGGGUCUACGCGGUGUAGAGGAGAGACCCUCCUCUUCCGAGACGGGUCUACGCGGUGUAGAGGAGAGACCCUCCUCUUCCGAGACGGGUCUACGCGGUGUAGAGGAGAGACCCUCCUCUUCCGAGACGGGUCUACGCGGUGUAGAGGAGAGACCCUCCUCUUCCGAGACGGGUCUACGCGGUGUAGAGGAGAGACCCUCCUCUUCCGAGACGGGUCUACGCGGUGUAGAGGAGAGACCCUCCUCUUCCGAGACGGGUCUACGCGGUGUAGAGGAGAGACCCUCCUCUUCCGAGACGGGUCUACGCGGUGUAGAGGAGAGACCCUCCUCUUCCGAGACGGGUCUACGCGGUGUAGAGGAGAGACCCUCCUCUUCCGAGACGGGUCUACGCGGUGUAGAGGAGAGACCCUCCUCUUCCGAGACGGGUCUACGCGGUGUAGAGGAGAGACCCUCCUCUUCCGAGACGGGUCUACGCGGUGUAGAGGAGAGACCCUCCUCUUCCGAGACGGGUCUACGCGGUGUAGAGGAGAGACCCUCCUCUUCCGAGACGGGUCUACGCGGUGUAGAGGAGAGACCCUCCUCUUCCGAGACGGGUCUACGCGGUGUAGAGGAGAGACCCUCCUCUUCCGAGACGGGUCUACGCGGUGUAGAGGAGAGACCCUCCUCUUCCGAGACGGGUCUACGCGGUGUAGAGGAGAGACCCUCCUCUUCCGAGACGGGUCUACGCGGUGUAGAGGAGAGACCCUCCUCUUCCGAGACGGGUCUACGCGGUGUAGAGGAGAGACCCUCCUCUUCCGAGACGGGUCUACGCGGUGUAGAGGAGAGACCCUCCUCUUCCGAGACGGGUCUACGCGGUGUAGAGGAGAGACCCUCCUCUUCCGAGACGGGUCUACGCGGUGUAGAGGAGAGACCCUCCUCUUCCGAGACGGGUCUACGCGGUGUAGAGGAGAGACCCUCCUCUUCCGAGACGGGUCUACGCGGUGUAGAGGAGAGACCCUCCUCUUCCGAGACGGGUCUACGCGGUGUAGAGGAGAGACCCUCCUCUUCCGAGACGGGUCUACGCGGUGUAGAGGAGAGACCCUCCUCUUCCUUUACCUUAUAG